CCAGGUUUUGCAUGUUAACGAUUUGACCCAUAAUUCCUGGUGACAAUAAUUGAAAAAUACAAGUAAAAUAUCAUUGUGCACUAAUAACAGGCAUAGAGCAAACACCAAAGGACAAAAACUGUGUGUGAUAGUGGGAGAAUUUAGCCCAAAAUUUAGUUUUACAUUAUUAAACCAAUAGGAUCCGUAGCACAAUACUUGUUUGGUGAUAUGCAUGAUGUACAGGACUGCUUUGUUCCUGAAAUAUGGAGUCAUCAAAGCUUCUGAUGACAACUAACGUUGCUUCUCUAUUUGUUUCUAUUUUUAUACUGUCCUCCCCCGCCCAAACUUAUAAACUGCUUCUGUACUCUUUGCUCAAGAAAAACUCCCGUUGACUUCUGUGGGAGGUAACCUUACCUCAGUAACUGGAGAGAAUACAAAUUUCUGUAUCCAUGUAGAGCCCCACAGGUUUUUGUGAGCUUUACAAGGAACAUCUAAUUGCUGAGCUGGGGCCAGAAUUUGUCUCCAAGAUUUCUGUGCAUGUGUCUUUCAGGGCUGUGGUUUUUCAUUCUGGCACUGUGUCAUCCUGCUACGGUAUACAAUUCAUAUCUCAGGAUAAGCCUCUUUUUUUUUCCUUUUCAUUUUCCAGUGCCCUUGGACUUCUGGAAGGAGAAGUUUUUUCUUGACUGGAUCCAGUUAAAUCUCAACUGAUUUGUACAAGAACUUGAGCAUGCUGUGCUUUUCCUUCACCAAUUUCUACAGCUGGUAAAAAGGUCUGGAAAAAACUGGAAACGUGCUUUACAUGACAACUUGGUAGCAGGACUUCUAAGAUAACCCAGGGUAUAUCUACACUGCACUCAUGGCAGCAUACUCAUUGAAGUCGAAAGAUACCUGAGCUAGCUUUAAACUAGUGAGCUUGGAUACUGGUAGCCAUAUAGCCCCAGCAACACAGAGACUGGCAUAGACUGAUUUACCUGGCUAAGAAGUACAUGUAUUACACAGUAGAACCUGGAUACUUCCCAGCAUUAGGUUCCCAAGCCCUCUGUGAAGACAAGAGUUUGUGAAGUGUCCAGGGGGAAUGCAGAUCCAUAGCAAACACUGAUGAACCCCAGCUGAUUGGAGAAGUGGUGCCCUUUGGAGUAAAAGCUGUAGCAAACAGCUAGGUGGCUCAUCCUUCAUUUGGCUACCCACUGUGCAUUAGGCAAAGAAGUGAUAGAGGUGAAAAUACCAAAGGUUCACCAGGAUGUGAUGCCUAAUGAUGAGCAGUAACUACUGCAGCAACGCAUCAGCCACUAUGAGUGUCAAUGAGGUGUCUGCCUUCCCGCUGACUUUAGAACAAAAAACUGGCUUUGCCUUUGUAGGGAUUUUAUGUAUUUUCUUGGGACUUCUUAUCAUCAGAUGCUUCAAAAUCUUGCUGGAUCCCUAUAGUAGCAUGCCUUCCUCUACUUGGGAAGAUGAAGUCGAGGGGCUGGAUAAAGGGACGUUUGAAUAUGCCCUUGCAUGAAAAUUCAAGAGUCUCCUGCCUUAAUUUUGAUGUUGAUGUCAUUUUGGAAACCUACUACUGACACAUUUGUAAUAUAGAUCUACAUUUUGAUGGUGCCAUUCAUUUUAUUAAAUAAAUAUUUGUU